CCGGUAUGCUCGUAUACUCCUACCUUUGUGACAUGUAUCACAAAUCGUACAUGCCUCCUGAAUAUCGAAUACAUGCCUUAAACGUACACAAAGUAUCCAUAUCUGUAUGUCGAAGUUCACAUAAAGUAGACCGAACGUACACGUGCCCGUAGUAGCAUUUCACUUCCUCUCUAUGACGUAAUGUUAUGAGUUGGGUAAUAUAUGUUGCCUUACAACGCUGUAUCUGAUGUUCGAUGUUAUCGGAUUUCGACAUAUGUGCCUUUCAACAUGAACAUAUGUUAAGUUAAGGCUACAUGGCUUGUCCUUGUAGUUUCCAUGGUUUCAUACAUAAAUGUUCCGAUAAAAAAUAAUGUUAGGCGUUUCCAAGUUCUAACUGUCUCGAAGGCUGUGUAGGUCCUUACGUUCCUGCAAAGACGACUACUCGACAUAUUUUAGGAAAACAAAAUGAUGUACAAUUACAUGAUUUGUAUGAAUAAUCAAUUGCAUGUAAUUGAACCUUGAAUGUUUGUAGCAGUUAUAUCAGAAAGAUAUUGAGAAACGUGAGAACAUGAAUUAUGAAAACUAGGUCAAAUGUCAUAAGUUACUGUUACAUAUUAAAAUAAGUGUCUGCAUUACAAAAUUAUAAUGUUAUAUUAGUGAUAUAGUAAAGCUGAGAAAUAUCCUUAUAGAUUAUAAACAAUACUCAUGUAUGAUUAAAAUAGCAUACAAUCUACGCCUCUAACGUAGCAACAAUUAUAUGAUAUGCCGUUCACUUUAAAACGUUUUCUGAACGUAUAAAAACCGUGUAUUAAAACAAAUUUGAUUAAUUAACAAGUUGUUUACCUAAACUAUUCGUACAUUACAAAAUUAAUUAGACGAGAAAAUCCAUCAACCUUUUACAUUAAACAGUGCAUCUUUAAUGUGGUACAACGUUUGAACUGUUGCAAAUGUACGUCAUAUGUUCUUUUAUUCACUUAUACACCGAUGCAUUUACGUUGUAGUUUAUUACAAAAUAGGAUUAAGUUAGGUUUUAUUAAACAUGUAGUAUUAUAUACUAGGAUGACAGACGUUGAAAUCAUUAUUACAUUAACCAGUGGGGAUUUAAUUGUGCAUUAGACUUAUAUAUAUAAUUACCAAGACUUCAUAAUGUUGCUUCAUAAAAGGUCAGCAUUAAAUGUAUGGUUGAAGUAGAAUAUAAAAUAUUGUAUUUUAUCUCAGGUCGGUCGGGAUCUUUGAUAUUUUUUUUUUAAUUUUCAUCUUUGAAACGUAUGUUCAGAAAUAUGUCUUCAGGUAGAUUUAUUAUUAGAACAUGUUUCCAGUUAUCUGCUUUAUUUUUUUUCACAAAAAAUAUUGAGCGCGUGAAUGGUGGACACCAACUUUUAUCAGAACGUGACGAAACUGCAUUUAGUGGUUUUCGUCAUCACCAAAUUGUGUAGUGUAUGUAUACGUUCGUCAAGUUUGUAUUGUUGUUUAAAAGUUCAAAUCACUUGUCAUUAUGUUAUAAAGUGCAUUAUGUUUGAGGAAGCUGUAUUUAGUGUUUUAAUUUUAAUGUUUGACAGCUGCUUCUACACCGUCUACUAAGUAUAUGUUUUUGUCAUGUAUGACCCUAUAUAUUAAUGGCAGUUCACAUGAAACUGAGUUUGAACUGAAGGAAAUGACGCAUGCCGCAUCAUUGUGUAGGUAUUGAAGUGUAUAUAUCGAAUAUAGACUAUCAACUUCACAUAAUCAUCAAUCUUUCCAUAAUUCUAUUGAUUCAAUAUCUUAAGGAUACUUUCUUACUCCCAAGUAAGAAGUAACACAAUUAAUAGAAAUGUUUUAAAUUUACUGAAAAGCAUGAAUAAAUAUACAAAAUUAUUCUAAUGACGGAUACAGUCUUUACUUUAAAAGAAAGGUGCAGUUAACACGGUAGCUUUAUUUUAUGAGACGAUAGUUGAUCACUGUAAAUGUUUUAGGACCCUUCAAUCAUUAAAUAUCCGUGCGCUUGCAGCUAUAAAAUACACGGCUACAGUCUUGUUUUUAGUAAUUAAUUAAUUAGUAAAAGGUUUAUCACUCAAAAUCUAUGUACUUUGUAAUUCAGGUGCAUAUAUUGAUUUUGAAUGCGAGUGUAAAUUUGAAAAUUCGAUGGAAAUUUACAUCUUAAACGGUAGUCAAAGGCCAUGUAAGUAUACCAAGAUUACUAUAUAGAAUUAAGUUUAUAUAAAUAUGAGAUAGAAAUAGCACACAUCUAUAUACUUUCCUUUGUUACUCUUUGUUCAAUUUUAAAGUUGGUCGUGAAUAUCACCAUAAAAGGAAUAAAACAAAAUUCUAUUGUUUUAGCCUUAUAUUAUAAUGUAUAAUCAAUGAAUUGGUAUUUAAAUUAUAAAAACUCUACUUCAUGUUUGUCAAAACAUUGAUUAUAAUUGAAACGAAUUAACAUUGAGUACACGAUUGGCUAAUUAUCACAUUAUAUCUUCAUAGGUAUAGUAUAAGAUUUGUAUGUUAUAAUGCCUCAAGGGACUAGUUUUAAGUUACGUGUUUAAAUUAAAAGGCCCAUAGGGCCAGCACUUCCUUGCUUUAUUUGAUCGUAUUUCUGUUCUAUGCAAUUGAUUUACAGAUGGCUAGUUUGUCUAUCUGCGUUUCUCGCGAACUUUUUAGCGCUGGGUGUAUUUUUCUCGAUGGGGACAUUGUUGUCAGAUAUUAUGGACACAUUCAACGUAACCCGUGCCGAAGCGGCACUUGUAAAGUCUGUGGGCAUCACAGUUAGUCUCUGUUUUGGCUUUUGCCACGGAUGCUUGGUACAGACGUUUGGUGUACGAAAUGUUGCGAUAUUUCUUUCCUGUUGCAUGUCCGUGGGUUUUGGCAUUUGCUUUUUUGCUACGUAAAUCACAUUCCUAGUGAUAUCGAUGGGAUUAUUUGGAUGUAUUCCUGUCAGUGGAAUUAUCAUAACAAGUGCCGCUGCUAUUGGUCGUCAUUUUCACGGCAAACAGGGAAUAUUUUUCGUAACCUUUAUCAAUGUUGGAUCUGGCCUGGGCGGUGUAUCUUUUCCUUAUCUUUUUAAUUAUCUGACAUAGUAUUUUGGGUGAACAUACCUGGGCACAGCACAGCAUGCAGCUCUUACACAUCCUGUUGCAGUUAUAGCAUAACAAAGGUGUUGAUGGCUAGUUUGUCUAUCUGCGUUUCUCGCGAACCUGUUAGCGCUGGGUGUAUUUUUCUCGAUGGGGACAUUGUUGUCAGAUAUUAUGGACACGUUCAACGUAACCCGUGCCGAGGCGGCACUUGUACAGUCUGUGGGCAUCACAGUUAGUCUCUGUUUUGGCUUUUUCCACGGAUGCUUAGUACAGACGUUUGGUGUACGAAAUGUUGCGAUAUGUCUUUCCUGUUGCAUGUCCGUGGGUUUUGGCAUUUGCUUUUUUGCUACGUCAAUCACAUUCCUGGUGAUAUCGAUGGGAUUAGUUGGAGGUAUCCCUGUCAGUGGAAUUAUCAUAACAAGUGCCGCUGCUAUUGGUCGUCAUUUUCACGGAAAACAGGGAAUAUUUUUCGUAUCCUUUAUCAAUGUUGGAUCUGGCCUGGGCGGAGUAUCUUUUCCUUAUCUUUUUAAUUAUCUUACGGACACCUUUGGGCUAAGGGGAACAUGUCUGAUCACUGGUGGGAUUUUUCUUCAUAUGAUACCAUUAACAUUGCUAUGGAAACCACCUAUUACAAGGAAAUCGAGGCAGUCAACAAAUUUGCAAGAUGUAGCUGGCGAAGAUAAUAAGGCGUAUCAUGCUGGUAGAAGUGAACUUAAUGAUGCAGAUCAAGUUUGGAAUUCACGAACGAACAAAAGCGACGUUAUUGAUGCUACACUUACAAAUCAAACAUUAACAUCCGUUAAAGGCGAAAAUAAUACAAGCAAUGGCGACGGAGGUGCGGUUUGCACAACACUAAAGAAACUUUUAGCAGAUACAGCUUAUAUGUAUUUUGCAUUUGGAAUUGCAACAGCAUACUCAUGUAACACAGUGUUCUAUGUGUAUGUGGUCGACGCACUUCAGGAUUCGGGGUUUUCUGAAAUCAAUGCUACGUUAGGUCUACUUUUAAUGAACCUAGCUGGCAUUCUUGGACGGUUUCUUCCAGGCUCUUUGACACAAACUAAACAUAUAACUGUUUUGAAGAUUCCAAUGAUUGCAUGCAUUAUGAUAAUAUUAUCGCAGCUUGGAUUAACACUUAUCAGUAGUGUUUUUACAAAUUUCCUGUCGUGCAUUUUAGCGGGAACAGCAAUUGGAAUGUUUUCUUCUACUUUUGGUGUGGCCACUUUGAAACUGGUUGGCACUGAGCGACAAGCCACUGCAAUGGGAAUUUGUUUAAGUCUCUCGGGGAUAACAAAUGCCGUUUUGGGACCAAUAGGAGGAUUGAUCCGAGAUAAAACAGGAUCUUAUACGAUUCCGUUUCUACUUUCGGCCUCAGUGGAAGUCCUAGCAAUCGUUCUACUCAUAAUGGCACAGUUUUACAGAUUCAAAGAUCGAAGAUCAGCAGAAAAACAGAUGCCUGUGUAUUAUAACACACGGUUUUGAUGUGCAUUUCAACUAGCUUGACGGAUGUUUUGAAUAUUUUCCAUAUGGACGAAAAGUGGACACCUAAGCAAAAAAAUCAAGUACUUACUAGACAAACUCGAACAGCAAAACUACAAGAGGCAAAUACAUCAUUGGACACUCUUCAGUGUAUUAAUAUUUUGUUUGUCAAAAAAUGUUUAAAAAAAAUAUAAAAGAAAUGUUUUAUAAAUUUAAAACAAUAAAUAUAUAAU